AUGAUGGAAAACGAGAUAUCGAGGGUUAUAAUAAGGAGCUUGAAAGCCGGGGAGAGCCCUCAUGGUUCAGUGUUCCAUGGCUUUAUGCAGAGUGCUAUCUGUACAGGUAUGAUUUCCCCUGUCCAACACCAAAAACGAAUGGAAAGAGGUGGAGCAAAGCUAAGCAACCCAAGUUAGACGUGUAGCAACAUCCUUCUCCCUCUCCACCCACUGGAAAAACUACGAUAUUUUCGCCCGCCAAAAACUCGCAACCUUCCGCUCCUCCCGUCCUGCAGUCCUCGAACUCGCAGCUCGCUACCACACCCUCCUCCAACAAAUGUCCGACAAAACAAACAAAUCAGAACAAGAACUCGAUGCGGCGGAGAAAAUCCUCUUCAUGGAAAUGUGCGAGAUUUGCCUGUGGGGAAACGCGACGGAUCUCUCACUACUUACAUCCCUGACCUACGAAGACAUCCAAAAACUGCAAGGUUCCGAGGCUAGAAAGGCUUCCGAGGCAAAUAUCUUGGUCAAUGACCUGGAAAUGGCAUAUGAUCUUUUGAAGAAAGCGAAGAGAGAAGGGAAGAAGCAUAGACAGGUAGAUAUUGUUCUCGACAACGCUGGGUUCGAACUUUACGUUGAUCUUAUCCUUGCCGGAUUUCUCCUCUCGGCAGGUCUUGCGACGAAUAUUAUUUUACACCCCAAGUCGAUUCCUUGGUUUGUGUCUGAUGUCUUGCCGGGGGAUUUUGCGGCUUUGUUGAAUGCGCUUGCAAAUCCUCAGCCUUUUUAUAGUACGCCUUCGGAUGAGGAGACGAAUAAGGGUAUUACUCCAACUUCCUUGAAUGAGCAGGAAGUCGGAGAAUUAUCAUUCUUGUUCCAGAAUUGGAGUGCGUUCCAUGCGGAAGGACAGUUGAUGCUUCGUUCCAAUAGAUUUUGGACUGAAGGGGGGAGUUUCUGGCGACUGCCUACUUCUGAUAAACGUCUUCACGAAGACCUGAAAGAAAGUGAACUAGUAAUCUUCAAGGGCGAUUUGAAUUACCGAAAAUUGACUUGUGAUGUAAGUCUCUCACUUCUUCGCUCUCUCUGUCUCCAAUUCCAUGUUUUAUUUUCCAUCCCUUGCUUCGCUUUUGCUAACAAUAAUCAGGCCGCUUGGGAUCCAACAACUCCUUUCACAAAAGCCAUUGGUCCUCUGGGACCUGACUCAGGGGUCAAUGUUCUGGCUUUGAGAACUUGUAAGGCGGAUGUGGUGGUAGGCUUGAAGGAUGGGGAAGAUGAGAAGUUGAGAGCCUUGGAAGAAGGUGGAGGGGAUAGUGGGAAGAGGAUGUGGGCUUGGAGUGGGAAGUGGGCUGUUGUCAGCUUUUCGGGUGGGAAAUGAGUUAUUAGUCGAUUAAGGGACGUGGGAAUGGUGAAAUGGUGAUAUUGAUAUGGGGAGAGUUUUAUGGUUGUAGAUAGAAGAAAGAGAAUAGAUUUGAGGGGCCAUUAAAAACGGU